AUGCAGCUCUCAUCGGUUUUCAGAGCUGUGCUGCAGCUUUACCUGCUUGCCCUGUUACUAAAUGGUGCUUCUUCUGAGAAAAAGUCUAAAAGAAAAAGAAAACCGAAGUGUCAAAAGAAAGGAAAGUGGGUAACCUUGGAUCCAUCUCUGAACCUCUCAACGAAUGUCCCCCUGUCUCCAAGCAGAUCUUUGUCACCAUGGACAUACGAAGAAUCCUAUGACAAUUCACGAAUCCCAUCCAAAAUCUCUGAGGCAAAAUGUGAAAAAACAGGCUGUUUAACCAAAGAUGGUGAGGAAGACCUGGGACUGGAAUCUAAACCCAUCUACUACCAGAUCAACGUCUUGAAGAGAGUGAAGAAAAAAAAUGCUACGCACUACACCCUUCAGCUGGAGACUAAAAUAAUUAGUCUAGGCUGUACAUGCGUUCUACCCAUCGUUGUGCCUCAGAAUUAGCUCUGUACUCUUACUGUAUUAUAUCUAUAUUGUUGUAUUAAUCUGCUUAUAGGUACAGCAAACU